AUGGCCACGCCCGCCGACUAUGAGCGCCUCAGCGUGUGGGCCGCCAUGCUCAACCCAGACGCCAACAUCGACCGGCGCGGCGCAAAGCGAGUAGUGCCCAUGCAGGUGCUCUCGCUGGGCCUCCCUCGAACCGGCACCGUGUCAAUGCGAGAGGCAUAUUCGAUCCUGGGAUAUGAGCAGCCGUAUCACUACGCGAGCAUAUUCGAAAACUGCAAGGACGCCGACAUGUGGAACGAGGCGCUUCGGGCAAAGUUUCAGGGAACGGGGAAGCCCUACGGCAGGGCCGAGUUCGACCAGCUGCUGGGCGAGUCUGCUGCCAUCACCGACGCCCCCGGCUGCGUCUUUUGGGCGGAGCUGAUUGAGGCCUACCCGGAGGCCAAGGUCGUCCUAGUGGAUCGCGACGAAGAGAAAUGGCUGGCCAGUAUCGCCGGCCUACUGGAGGGUAUCCUGAACCCGUUUGGACAGUACGUGCUGCGGUUUACGGACCCCUUCUGGUUCGGCAGGAUCAUGACAUGCGGCCGGCUGUGGAUCGAGGGCUGCUUUGGUUCCGCCAAUCUCGCCACGGCCAAGAAGAACGCGCGCGAGACAUAUCGCCAGCACUACCAAGCUGUGCGCAGAGCCGUGCCCAAGGAAAGACUGCUUGAGUAUCGGCUCGGGAGCGGAUGGGAACCCCUGUGCAAGUUCCUUGGCAAGAGUGUUCCCGACGUUCCGUUUCCUCACCGCAAUGAGGCCGAUAUCCUGGCCAAUGCGUUUGGAGCUGUCAUUGCCAAAGCGCUCAGGAGCUCAGCCAUCAAUCUGGUCAGCGGUAGCACCUAUCUGGGUGUAGAAACCUUUAAUGGCAUCCCAUAUGCAGAUCCCCCGGUCGGCCUGCUACGUCUUAAGCCCCCCCAGCGUCUAUCCUCAGAUCCAGGAGAUAUCGAUGGCGAGUUCGAGCCUCCUGCAUGCCCUCAGAUGUACCUCUCCUCGGAGACUCUGGACAGUCUAGGCAAGAUUCAAAGUCGGUUACGUGACAUUCCCUUCCUAAAGACAUUUCUCAUCGGCCAGGAAGACUGCCUCACUGUCAAUGUCCAGAGGCCGACCGGCACCAAAGGCAACGACAAGCUCCCCGUUCUGUUUUGGAUCUAUGGAGGGGCAUUUCAGCUCGGAGGCACGAAUACCUAUGACGCUAGAAAUCUGCUCGCGACUGCUAUGGACCAGCAACAGGCUUUCGUCUUUGUGUCGGUGAAUUAUAGGGUUGGAGGCUUCGGCUUCAUGCCUGGAAAUGAAGUCAUGAAAGAUCGGAGCGCUAAUAUCGGCCUACUCGAUCAACGUUUAGCCCUCGAAUGGGUUGCCGAUAACAUUGCAGCAUUUGGUGGCGACCCAUCCAAAGUCACUAUCUGGGGCCAGUCCGCCGGCGCCAUCUCCGUGUUCGACCAGAUGCUCCUAUACGGUGGCAACGCCAGCUAUAAGGGGAAUCCUCUCUUCCGAGGAGCGAUUAUGAACUCGGGCAGCGCAAUACCGGCGGACCCAAUGAACUGUCCCAAGGGCCAGGCUGUCUACGACGCUGUUGUCCGGGCAGCCGGUUGCCAGUGUUGUGCGGAUACACUUCAGUGCUUACGCCAACUACCAUUCGAUGCGUUUCUGGAGGCCGCUAAUUCAGUGCCUACGUUUCUAUCAUACAACUCGAUUGCGCUCUCAUACUUGCCGCGCCCAGAUGGCGUCGUCCUUCCCGAUAACCCUAUCAAUCUUAUCAAAGACGGUCGCUUCUAUGCGGUUCCGUUUAUUAUCGGCGACCAAGAAGAUGAGGGAACACUCUUUUCUUUUUUUCAGAGCAAUAUUUCAAGCAUCGACGAUAUCACAAACUAUCUCGGGGAUCUCUUCUUCCACAACGCGCCUAAGGACAAACUAAGGGGAUGGGCUAGUUUAUAUGAGCCGUCUACCGUCAAAGGUAGCCCCUUCCGUACUGGCACUUCUAACGAGUUAUAUCCGGGAUUCAAGCGCAUGGCUGCUAUUCUCGGCGACGUGACGUUUACGUUAACUCGUCGUCUUUCUCUUAAACUCAUUGCUCAGGUUAAGCCUGAUAUACCGAGCUGGUCUUAUAUUUCAUCGUAUGACUACGGCACUCCUUUCCUUGGCACUUUCCAUGCAUCAGACCUUCUUCAGGUUUUCUAUGGAAUAAUGCCCAAUCAUGCUAUGAAGAGCACCCGCACUUAUUAUCUCAACUUUAUUCACCACCUUGACCCCAACGAGGGCAUACAGGACUAUGCCCAUUGGCCCCAGUGGAAAGAUGAACACAAGCUUAUGUGGUUCAGGUCAGCGGACGAGAAUGAUAUUUUGGAGGACAACUUUCGCGGCGACUCUGCCGCUUUCAUUGAGAACAAUACGGAUAUUUUGAGGAUUUGA